UACCAUGCGCAGAACCAUCUGGUGUAAAACCGGGAGUCGUAUAUAGUUAUAUAUAGUUGUACACGCCACUUAUAUCUCAUUACUGACACAAGGUGGAAAGAAGGAAAAGUGGGUCAAAACUACGGAGAGGUGAGGGAUUUGCACUUUCGAGUUUGACAAUCAUUUUGUAUGUUUAUACCUGGAUGCUUACCCUUUCUUUAUUGCCAGCUGAAUUUGAACAACGGAUUGGACACAUGCAUCAGUGCUAGCAGUUCCUGAUAACGUCGUCAGAAAUUCAAGACAAAUGAAGAAGAUGGCUUCUCUGCUUUGGUGGAUAUCAGGACAGGAAUGACAGAGUCAACAGGAAAUUCGGUCCAUUCAAUUGGUGAAGAUUACUCACGUAAUUUAUAUAGUCUCACAAAUCAAGGAGGAGUUAGAUCCGAUUCCCGUCCCGAGUGUGCUUGCUUACGAUCUCCCGUUCCAGCACAGCAAGAGUAAACAACAAGAGGCACAUCAACGUUUCCAAGACACACUUCGAACAGAAACUAGUGGGUUCCGGUUGAGCUUAGACUUCAGUAGCGACCUACAUGUAAGUGGAAUCGAGACUGUAACAACCAUUUCUAAACCUCCAAUAAUUGUUGUAGCACAGGACCAAAAAAUGGCGCCCGUUGUCAUUGGGGAAACUUCAGAGGAGAUUGAGACAGAAAGGGAGGCACCGUCGCCAAAAUCAGAGGUCAAUGAUACUCCGAGGUCAAGAAGCAGUAUUUAUUCGUCUGACCGUGAGACGCAAAUCAAGACCGAGACUGACACAGACACAGAGUAUGGUGUACGGCAGCCACCAAAACCUCCAGGAUCCAACAUAGCAACGGCAAUUGUUCAGGAGGCAGUCGGCACUGUCGAGAAAAGGGAAGGUCCAACACAGAGUCCAGACAUUGAUUGCAUCUUGGAAAUCGUUAAGAAGCAAAACAUCGAUGACUUCAAGACGUUGGAAAAACGAUUAACUACAACAGACAGAAAGAGGAUACUGCAUAUCGUAGCUGUGUAUGGCUCCGCAGAUAUGGUCGAAUGUAUGAAGACAUGGGACGGGAUGGAAUGGAAUGAAGAAUGUACUCUUCCUGAAAACGUGUUCGGAGAAGCGUUGAAAGGAAUAAUUGUCAGCAAAGCAACGGCAUUAUACCUAGCAACGUUUAUGAAUAAAACAGAGAUGGUUAGCAAGUUAAUCAACUGCGCUGGAGAAGAUAACAUCAAAUACUGUUUUAAAAACUUAGAGUUGCGCAACCCAAUGGAAACAGUGUACAUGCGGAAUCUAGCCCAACUAUUGAAACGGGAACAUUCUGAACUUGAGCCUGCCAUUAUUCCAGGUCAUCGCGUAGGUAAAGAUGGCAAACGUGAAAGGGUUUUCAUUGUGUAUUCAAAAGAAAUAACCAAUGCUUCUUGCAAAAAAGAUAAGAGUUUAGGUUUGGUUAUGAAGCAGAACCCAUACGUAUAUACAAAAGAGUCAGAUGAUUACAAAAAAGACAUGAAGAUUUCAGGCGAGGACAAAAUACGAGCCGAAAAAGCCAUUGCUAGAAACCGGGACAGGCUUUGGAGAGAUCAUAGCAACUUAAACAUAAUUGGUGUCAGUCCAGUGAUAUACCGGAACAAUGGCGCGGAUAUUAUCCAGAAACCAUGUAUUGUUCUCUACUGCAGUACAAAGGGCGUAGUGCCACUAGAUGAACCAGAUUUUCCGAAACAGUUAGACAUAGAGGAGGAUGACUCGAUAGAUGUUGAUGUGCAUGAAGGCUAUUUCCUUCCUGGCGGAUACAGUUCACUCCCAAGUACUUCCUACCAUGAUGUUCUAAAAAUGGGCUGCGAUAUUGGACGGUCGACAUCGGUCGGGAAUCCUCCUCAUUUUCUUUGCGGCACACUUGGUCCGUUUGUGAAAUUCAAUAACAAGAUUGGCUUUCUCACAUGUGCGCACGUACUGUUUGAUAUUGAUAACACGACAAUACCACUGGAUUACAAAUAUGACGGAACUAAUGAAAUUGAAGUCGUACAGCCCUCCCCUGAUACAACGACAGUCAACGGGACACCACAACCAUGUGGGCAUGUCAAGAGAGCAAUUUUCAAUCCUCAACGGAAUCCAAGUAUUGAUGCCGCUGUCGUUGAAUUGACUGACAGAAUUCCCAAUAAAGGCCAGUUUUCGAACUCUAAACGCAGUAGCUACAGAGAAGCAGGGUUUGAAGAACUUCCUGAGUACAACAAAGGAAAAGUUCAAAGGAACUUGAAACAUUUUGGUGCAUCAUAUAUGGUUUUCCAGUUUGGAAGCGCUAGUGAUGUCACAAGGGGGACCGUUAGCGUGUGUGGAGUAGACGUACGUCCACUGUCGACAGUACUGAGUUUGCCACUAGGUAACGGGAAGGUCCAGAUGAUCAAUCAGUAUCAAGUGUGCGGUGCCCAUCCAACCAUGACGUUUUUCUCACGUGGGGAUUCGGGUUCAGCUGUUUUCAUGAAAACACCAGGUGCUGAUGAUAUGUGCUGCAUCGGGAUGGCAAUUGGGAGCACGCAUGUUGAUACCGACCAAUUCCCAUCGGCUGUUGUUACACCUAUCGGUGCAGUGUUGGACGCUCUGGACUACAACAUAGCCUCAUUUCCAUGAUAAUGACACACAGUGUAAUGAUGGUAAUAAACGUAAACAUUUCCGAGAAGCCGAAAGGCAAACUCACACAAUCAAAUAUUGGUAAAGAUGAAUUUUAUUCGCAUAUUAAUAACUUAAACUCGGACGAGAUUGAUAAUACUGAUGUAUUGACUCCUGAAGUAUUGCUGGUAGUACACAUUUUUUAAAAUUAGAUACUCCAAUCACUGAAGACGAAGUGGUGACAGCAAUCAGAAAGUUGUAGUGCGGAUAACAUUUUAAAUUAUUUUGUUAUCGAUUAUAGAAAAGUCACGCUGAUGAUCCCAAUAAUUACAGAGGUGUAACACUUAUUAGCUGUAUGAGUAAAUUAUUUUCAUCAGAGCUUUAUAAAUGAUUGUUAAAAUGGGAUAAAUAAUACAACAUUAUAGCAGAUGCUCAAUUUGGAUUUAGACUUGUUUUUCGACGAUAUAUGUGCUAUUUCAUUUGCUGCAGACACUAAUUGAUAAAACGUUAAAACAGAAGAAUAGAUGAUGUUGCUACUUCAUAGAUUACAAAAAGCGUUUUUGAAUUGAAUGAUAGAAGUUGUUUAUGAUCAAAACUGAUAAAACAGGGCAUUGAUGGAAAAAUGUUGAAAAUUAUACAAACUUUAUAUGAACAUGUUUAAUCUUGUAUCAAAUAUGAUGGAUUUUUCUGAUUAGAAUACUACACAAGUACGAUCGGAUUAUUUCAAGGAGAAUUUUUGUCACAGAUCUUGUAUAGUCUAUAUAUAAAUGACUAUGAGAUGUAUUAUGUCUAUUUGGAAUCAAAAAAUGUACAGGAGAUGAUUUUGUGUAUUCUAAAUUAGAACAAUUUCCUUUAUAUAUCGACGAGAACUGAAAGUUUUCAAGUAUUGGUUGAAAUUAAAAACUACCAAAAAAAAUGUGUCGUGAAAGUCUGAUUAGAACAAAGAAUUCAGUCGAAUGAUGAAUGGAAAAUUCAUAUCAAAACUGAAUUAGAAAAAAUAGGAUUAGCGUACUUAUGCUAUAAUAAUGAGAUGGAAAAUUGUACAUUUGAAAUAAUAGAAAAUAUUUAAUGAUGAACACAAGCUAGAAUUGUUAUCUAAAAUAAGUAAAUUAGCACGUGGUUAUUUAUAUCAACAUUUAGUUGAUAAUUUAUGUUUACGGUAUUAUUUAUGUAAACCUUUUUAUUCAGUGUACACAAAUAUUUUUCAAGGAUUAGAAUAUCGUCGCAUAAUUUUUAAAUAGUGAAAGACAGACUUAAUGAUAUUUCGAGACAUGACAGAAUGUGUACAUAAAGAAAUUCAGCCGAAAUUGAAGAUGAAUUCCAUUUUUUACUUAAUUUUUCUUUUUUUUCAGAUUUACGUCAAAAAUAUAUCAAGAAAUAUUAUUAUCGAAAACCAUAUGUAUUCAAGCUAGUUCAGCUAUUAUAUGUUAACAAUGUUAAGGAAUAACGGGAACAUUUGUACAUUUGCCAUUCAGGAUAAGAAAUAAAUAAUUGAGUUGCAUGAUGGGAUGAAUGACUUUAACACUUUUUCGGUGAGUAAAACAUUUAAGAUCUUCCAAAAAUUAUAAUAAGUUUUUAUAAUGCAAGUUUAUAUCUCAGUUACCAUUUCUAUAACGAUUCCGAUUUCUUGAUAUAUUUAUGUUUGUUUUGUCAAGUUAUUAUACAAGUAUGUAUAAUUCAUUGUAUACCGGAUUUUUAUUAUGUUUACGCGAUAAGGGUAGUUUACGCGAUAAGAGUUAUCACGCGAUAAGAGUAGUUUAAUUAAUUUUUUGAUUUUUUGUACUUAUUGACUAUUAUAUUUUUAUUAUAUCUAUACGACAACCAUGAUUUUAUCAAUAAUGUGAAAACUGUCAUUGGAGAAACCAGAGUUAUCGGCUAUCUACAUAUCUGUGUUCUGUGGUUGAAUCUGGAUUCUUCUCGAGUGGAUGAUAUGUGAACGUUAUAGGCCGUUAGAGAUUUUUUUGUCUGAAACUCGAUUGGAUGAAAGAUUAACACAUAGAACACUGGCAAUACAUCUUACACAUAUACUACAUGAAUUUUAAAAUGUUCUAGCUGAAUUGCCCCAUUUUGUUAUUGUUUAAUCCCUUACUUUUCAUCACAUUGUAUAGCUUAAAAUAUCAAUUAAAUAUUUGUAUAUAAUUUUAACAUACAUGGAUUUAUCUCCCCUAUAUCAUCUGCUUCAUAAUAUAAAAUUUGCAUCAAUAUUAUUUUUACUAAACUAGUAACUAGAAAAUAAGUAUUACACCUUCGUGCGAAAUGAACAUUAACUAUCAGUGCAAUUGCGCACUUAACAUCUUUAUAUUAGCAAACAUAUCGUUUUAAAUUCCUAAUCAAUAAUAAAAGCCUUUGAUAACAUCCCUGUACUUCUCAACGCCAAAGUACUAACGACAAUAAUACCGGUCCGUUUUUCGGCAACAUGCCGUCGGCUUUAUUUAGGCCAUUUUUAACUGGAUUCUCUUUCCAGUUUACAUCGUAAAAUAAAGGAAUAAUAUACGUGAACCAAUCUGUUGGAUCACCACAGGAACCGCUAUCAUUUCAACAUCAAUAUCUUUCGUAACAAGUUUGCUAAAAUCAAGGUAAUUACCGAAAACACAGUCGUGUAAGUUGAGAACUUUAACAAAUCUCCGUCGGUUGUUUGUUUUCAGUGAAAUGACAAUUCUUCUCAAACACUCUUAGUUGUUUGUUUACUGUCAUAAUUAUCUCUCGACUAUUGUUUAGUUAUUCACCUGAUCUAUUGAACGAUGUUAUUUUAAACUACCUGUCAUAUACACAUGUAAAUGAGCGCUUGGUGUGGUGGUCUGUUUACAGUUGUCUGAAUAAGGAGUCGUUUGGUUAUAGUGGGUUUUUUAAUUCUGUACAAAAUAUGGUCAAACUUUAUUAACUACCACUUUUGUUAAACAACCGGUUUUUUUUAAUUUCUCUUGAGUGUUCGGUUAAUACAGAUUCCACUGUAUAUAAUUUGCAUCAAUAUUUUCUUACUAACCGUUUCAUCUUUGUCUUUGUCAUGCCAACCAAAGGAGAAACACUUAUAUAGGCCUAGCCUGCUGUUCAAUCCUAUUAUUUCUAAAAAUUUCUAAUGCCUUGAUGAAUAGUUUAAAUGUUCAUUAUUUUUAGAUCACCUCGCCCGAAGGGCCGUGUUGUAUAAAACACGUUUGAGUCCUAGACCUACUAAACUUACCCCAUAUACACAUCCUGGGCAGUACGUCUUAUUUCAAGCAGCAACUGCUGUGUUGGUUCUAGUUUGUACGGUCCAGUGACUUUGUCAUUUUCUUCAUCAAUGUUAUGUAUUCUCUUUUGCUCUGUUUCUCAAAUCGUUCAAAUGUAGGACCAACAAAUCUUGGUUUAUUAAUAAUUCAUUAUUUAUUUGGUCGCUUUCUUCAAAUGUUGAAUAUUACCUUGAUUUCUUGCCUCGGCUAAUGUUUCAGCAACCUAAUCUGUGUCAAGUUGUUCUGUUCUUUUUAGGUUAAGCUGGGUUUUUUUCAAACACUACAAAUGCAACACAACCUACACUCUGACUCAUCAGUAGUGCAUCUCAAUGCAUGCUUCAUCUACAGGAUAUAUCCUUAUAUAUAGAUUAUAUACAAAAUCGCCUGAAGAGCCCCAAGAUGGGCGAAAGCGCUAGCCGAUUAUACUAAUC